AAAUUCACACUUUUUUCCUACUAUCAAAAUAAAUAAAAUGUAUUUACACGCAUGGGAUCUAGCUGUAAAGAAAUGAAAACAACUCAUAAAAUCAACAACACAUAGUCCACAAAGGCUACCCGAGUCAGCCGCCACAUAUCUUCUUCUUCAGCUCGCUAACCACACAUAACAUUCUUUUCAACUGGUCAUUAUCAAUCACUUCACUUUGCAUCUCUUCUUCUAUAUAAAAAUUCUAUCAACAUGCCCAUGGAGAACCCUGCAUUCCCUCGGCUUCCUCAACCAUGGAGGCAUUGUUUCCACCACCACCUCAACACUGUAGCCCUCUCAAGAUCAUUAAAGACUCCAUUAUUUCAAUCUUGGCAAGUUUUCAUGCUGGAUAUUUUAGAAUAAGCCUGUCCCUUUGCAGCCAAGCCCUGCUGUGGAAGAUCCUCGGAGAUCAAUCAAUAGAAGAUGCACAUGCUCUUCGUCGUGUGUUUCAAAUGCUACCCUCCACAGCUUUUCUUCUUAUUUGGUCAAUUGCUCUUUUCACAGUAACCUCACUUUCUCUUCUUUACAUACUUAGAUGUUUAGUUCACUUUGAGAUGGUGAAGCUUGAAUUCCUCCACCAUGUAGGAGUAAAUUAUCUCUUUGCUCCUUGGAUUUCUUGGCUUCUUUUGCUUCAAUCAUCUCCAUUUUUCACCCCAAAGACUAUGUAUUAUCUUGUCCUUUGGUGGGUUUUUGUGAUUCCAAUGGUGGUUCUUGAUGUUAAAAUCUAUGGCCAGUGGUUUACCAAAGGAAAGAGGUCUUUGUCAACCGCCGCGAAUCCGACGAGUCAACUGUCGGUGAUAGGGAACCUGGUGGGAGCCAGGGCGGCAGCUCAAAUGGGGUGGAAAGAGACUUGUAUUUGCAUGUUUUCAUUAGGCAUGGCACAUUAUCUUGUGCUAUUUGUCACCUUAUAUCAAAGAUUAAACGUGGGAAAUUGCCUGCCAACGAUGUUAAGCCCAGUUUUCUUCUUGUUCAUUGCUGCUCCAAGCAUGGCGAGUUUGGCUUGGGACUCCAUUUCUGGAUGCUUUGAUAACUUGGCAAAGAUGCUCUUCUUUCUCUCUCUUUUCCUCUUCUUAUCCCUGAUUUCAAGGCCAACCCUAUUCAAGAAAUCCACAAGAAAGUUCAACGUGGCAUGGUGGGCAUACUCUUUCCCAAUGACAAUUCUGGCAUUGGCUUCAGCAGAUUAUGCACAAGAGGUGAAUAAUACCAUUGCACAUGGCGUAAUGCUGGUGUUAUCUUCUCUCUCAGUUCUGGUAACUCUUGGUUUGGUGGUGUUCACUGCUCUGAAUACUGACAAGCUUUUUCUACCCAAUGAUCCUGCAGUUUCAAGUCCUAGCAGUAACAAUCCUUAGGCCACAUGAUUGAUUGAGGUUUAUAAUUUCAAAUCUCCAAUUGUAAAAGUGAUACUAAAAAAAAAAAUUUCAGCAAGGAAAAAUAUGACUAGUGUUACAAAUAUAUAGGUAGAGAUAUUUGUAUUUGUGAUUUGGAUCCAUGAUAUAAUUCAGGCAAGAUAAAUAUGUUGGGGCAAAAACCACCAUUCA